UCAUGCUCAUGGUAAAAUAAGUUAUAUGAAUGAAUGAAGUAGAGACAAGGUAGUCUAUCAUGGUUUCAAGAACAAUCCUAGGGUUGAUUGGUCUUCCUGUAUUCUUUCUGAAGGUGGCGGGUCGGGCGUCUUUGGUUCAAGUCCUCAAUCACAUAAGGGGUAUCUAUCUCUUGUUGUGUAGCUCGCAGCUCUCAUCUUAUUUAGCAUUUUAACAAUAAGUUAAAAAAAAAUAAUAAGAAUAAGAUUUCCAUUAAGGUACAAAGAUGAAAUGCAAAUAAUAAGAAAAAUAUUUCCACUUGGAUGUGAAGAUGAAUCGCAAAGAAGAGAGCAUUGCAUGCUCAUAGAGGGAAAAAAAACAAGUAAAAAGAUAGAAGAAAAAAAACAACCAGCAAAGGCAAUAAAGGUGAAAACAGCAAAGUGCAACAGGUAACUUGAUAUUUCGCCAAAGAAUGUUGAAACAUAUAGCAGUAAGAAGACCAAGCAACGCAUAAUUGUUUAAAACUGUGAGAGCACAGCAGGGAAAAAGCUGCUGAAAACAUGUUACUGGUAAAGCAAAAAUUAUUCAGUUUUGAGCAAUAAAAAGAAAAGAAAAAAUAAAAAAAUUAGACCUACAUUAUGAGAAGAGAAGAAAAGCAUAUAUUAGUCAUCCAUCUUAUUAAAGCAUUCUUUCCCUCCACUUUUAAGAUAUUGACAAAAAGGAAAAUCUAAAAUUUGCUUCUAUCAAUUUACAUAUUCCUUUCUUUUCUUUCCUACAAACGGUUCUGCUGAAUGUUCCUUCUCUUGCUCUCCUGCCCAAAUCCUGAAGCCUUUACAUUUUCAUUGUCAGGUUGCUAUAAAUACAUUGAGUUGAGGCAUCAAUUGCAACAUACAAAACUACAUUGCUUGUCCAAUUAAAAUAUUUGUGUUUCUGGAAGCAUCUAGUGGUACAUUUCUUUGAAAUGGCUUCUGGACCAGUCAUCAAACGAUCCGAAACAAUUGCAGAGAGCAUGCCUGAUGCAUUGAGGCAAAGCCGCUAUCACAUGAAGAGAUGCUUUUCCAGCUUGGCUGCAUCGGGGAAUAGACUACUGAAACAUCAUAAUAUAAUGGAAGAAGUGGAGAAAUCAAUACAGGAUAAAGGUGAAAGGAAAAAGGUCUUGGAAGGGUUACUUGGUUACAUCCUUAGUUCCACUCAGGAGGCAGCUGUUAUUCCGCCUUACGUUGCUUUUGCUGUGAGGCCAAAUCCUGGUUUCUGGGAAUAUGUUAAGGUGAACGCUGAUGAUCUGAAUGUAGAUGGCAUUUCCCCUUCAGAAUAUUUGCAGUUCAAAGAAAUGGUCUUUGAUGAAAACUGGGCCAAGGAUGAAAAUGCUUUAGAAAUAGAUUUUGGAGCAAUUGAUUUCUCGAUUCCUCGCCUGAACCUUUCUUCUUCCAUUGGGAACGGAAUGAGUUUCAUCUCAAAAUUCAUGUCCUCGAACCUUUGUGGGAGCUACAGUAGUGCAAAGCCUCUGCUCGACUACUUACUAGCGCUUAACUAUCAAGGAGAGGAGCUUAUGAUCAAUGAAAAGCUGGAUACAGUUGCCAAGCUUCAAAAAGCACUAACCGGAGCUGAAGAUGUUCUUUCUGUGUUUUCGAAAGAAGCAGCAUAUAAGAAUGUCCAACAGAGUCUGAAAGAGAUGGGCUUUGAGAAAGGAUGGGGGAAUACUGCAGAAAGAGUUAAAGAAACAAUGAGGUUGCUUUCCGAAUCGCUUCAAGCACCAGACCCUGCAAAACUAGAGUUGCUAUUUAGCAGGCUUCCUAACAUGUUCAACAUUGUAAUUUUCUCUCCACAUGGCUACUUUGGCCAGGCAGAUGUCCUUGGAUUGCCAGAUACUGGUGGUCAGGUAGUUUACAUUCUUGACCAAGUAAGAGCACUAGAAGAAGAGCUGCUGCUCAGGAUCAAGCAACAAGGUCUUACCAUGAAGCCUCAGAUUCUUGUGGUCACACGACUUAUUCCAGAUGCUAAAGGAACAAAAUGCAACCAAGAAGUGGAGCCUAUUAUUGGCACAAAGCACUCUAACAUUCUUAGGAUCCCAUUCAAGACAGAGAAAGGUGUACUUCCCCAGUGGGUCUCCCGUUUCGAUAUCUAUCCAUAUCUUGAGAAAUUUGCUCAGGAUGCUGCUGACAAGGUCCUUGAACACAUGGAAUGUAAACCAGAUCUCAUUAUUGGGAAUUACAGUGAUGGGAACUUGGUGGCAACUCUGAUGGCAAACAGACUUGGAAUAACUCUGGGAACUAUAGCUCAUGCUUUGGAGAAAACUAAGUAUGAAGAUUCAGAUGCUAAAUGGAAGCAAUUAGAUCCCAAGUACCACUUUUCUUGUCAAUUCACAGCUGACAUGAUUGCAAUGAAUGCAGCUGAUUUUAUUAUAACUAGCACAUACCAAGAAAUUGCAGGAAGCAAGGAUAGACCUGGGCAGUAUGAAAGCCAUAAGGCAUUUACUAUGCCAGGGCUUUGCCGGGUUGUUUCAGGCGUCAAUGUCUUUGAUCCAAAAUUCAACAUUGCUGCACCUGGUGCUGAUCAGUCUGUCUACUUCCCCUACACAGAGAAGCGGAGGCGUUUAACCUCUUUUUAUCCAGCAAUUGAAGAACUAAUCUAUAGCAAGGAGGGUAACGAUGAGCACAUUGGAUAUCUUGCAGACAGGAAGAAGCCAAUUAUCUUUUCCAUGGCAAGACUUGAUACAGUGAAGAACAUUACAGGGCUAACCGAGUGGUAUGGAAAGAAUAAGAGACUAAGAAACUUGGUAAAUCUGGUGGUCGUAGCUGGAUUCUUUGAUCCAUCUAAAUCAAAAGAUAGAGAAGAAAUUGCGGAGAUAAACAAAAUGCAUGCCUUGAUAGAGAAAUACCAACUUAAGGGUCAGAUAAGAUGGAUAGCAGCUCAAACAGACAGAUACCGCAAUGGAGAACUCUACCGCUGCAUUGCGGAUACAAAAGGAGCUUUUGUGCAACCUGCACUUUAUGAGGCCUUUGGUCUCACAGUCAUCGAGGCAAUGAACUGUGGCUUGCCCACCUUUGCUACUAAUCAAGGAGGACCAGCAGAAAUCAUUGUUGAUGGUGUCUCAGGCUUCCACAUCGAUCCCAACAAUGGAAAUGAAUCAAGCAACAAGAUUGCUGAUUUCUUCGAGAAAUGCAAGGCAGAUCCUGAAUGUUGGAACAAGAUGUCAGCAGCUGGCUUGCAACGCAUACAUGAAUGCUAUACAUGGAAGAUUUAUGCAAAUAAAGUGUUGAACAUGGGAUCAGUUUAUGGAUUUUGGAGGCAGCUAAACAAGGAACAAAAACAUGCUAAGCAGAGAUACAUUGAAACAUUUUACAAUCUUCAUUUCAGGAAUUUGGUCAAGAAUGUUCCCAUCGCAAGUGUUGGACCCCAGAAACAGCCUUCAUCAUCAGCUGGAACAAGUAAAACCCAAGAACCAUCACCUCCUGCUACAACUAAAUCUUCACAAUCACAACCAACUCCGAAACCUAAGCGAAAAGAAGAAUCCCAGAAGGAGAAGCCUAAACCUGAGACAAUAACAACCAGUAGCACGCAGGCCCAGCCUCAAAGGAAAGAGCAGAAGGAACUUGCGUCCUCAUCACAACGCAAUCGUGUAUGGAUGUCAUGGAAUUGGUGGUUGAUCGUGAUUACUUCUGCUGUUGCUGUUUAUUACAUGCUACUGAAGUUGUAUAAUAGCCUCUUCACUGGAGAAAGUGGCUCUGAUUAGAGCAUAAUCUAUCAUCACGGCCCUGCAAAAUCAAGACCCUUAUUAUUUCGAAUUGUUCAUAAUCAACCGAUUCAAGAAAUUUUAGACAUGGCUUCACAUUGUCAAUGGCCAUGAGUCUGGUAUACAGAUAUGCCAAGAUACUAUUCUCUCCCUUAAAUUUGUAUUAUGAUAUGUAUAUAUUUAUCAUCACGCAAUAAAAGAAAUAAGAAAUUAUUCUUGA